UUGUAUCAGUGUGGCCAUGCAACGCUAAGACGGUUCGUCUGCUCGAACCACGAAUGUGUGCCGGAGGAAGUAGCGUGGUGGUUGUGAGAUUUCACCCCGAAGACGUCGCGGAACCCCCACCCCUCAAGGGCUUUUUGGGGGGUUUGCUGUUAGCGGGGAGCUCUGUCCCCCUCCGGCUGCAGGUUUAAGGAGGUGCCGGAGCAGGGAGAGCGAGACAUGGAUCUGGCACCCUGCUAUGCCAGGGCAUUUCAUACUUCGUCCCCAUCGUCUGGAGAAAGAGGGAGAUCUCUUUGGAAACAUGGAGCUGCUGUGCUGCGAGGUGGAUCCCAUGAGGAGAGCUCUGCCUGACCCGAACUUGCUCUACGAUGACCGCGUUUUGCACAACUUACUAACCAUAGAGGAAAGGUAUCUGCCCCAGUGCUCUUACUUCAAGUGCGUCCAGAAGGACAUCCAGCCCUUCAUGAGGAGGAUGGUGGCCACUUGGAUGCUGGAGGUCUGCGAAGAGCAGAAGUGCGAAGAAGAAGUUUUCCCUCUGGCCAUGAAUUACUUGGACAGAUUCUUAGCUGUGGUGCCCACUCGGAAGUGCCAUCUGCAGCUGCUGGGGGCGGUGUGCAUGUUCCUGGCCUCCAAGCUGAAAGAGACAAUCCCCCUCACAGCCGAGAAACUGUGCAUAUACACGGACAAUUCCAUCAAACCCCAAGAGCUGCUGGAAUGGGAGCUGGUGGUGCUGGGGAAGUUGAAGUGGAACCUUGCAGCUGUCACCCCACACGAUUUCAUUGAACACAUCCUAAGGAAGGUGCCUCUCCCUAAAGACAAGUUGCUUUUGAUCCGGAAGCAUGCACAAACCUUCAUCGCCCUUUGUGCCACAGAUUUUAACUUUGCCAUGUACCCACCAUCAAUGAUAGCGACUGGAAGUGUGGGAGCAGCCAUCUGUGGCCUUCAGCUCGAUGAUGGGGACAGCCUCACAGACCUCCUGGCCAAGAUCACAAACACAGAUGUGAUCAGAGACAUCCCUUCGUAAAGAUCUGCAGAUUUCUGCACAGAAACGGAAGUGAAAAACCACCAUGCUCAAGAAUUCAGAGCUGCAGUAAAAAAAUCAUGGAAAUCUGUCUUGAAUGGAUCACAUUUGAGCGUUGUCCCUAGAGCACAUACACCAUUUAUCCUCUCUUUUGUAGUGUCUAGGGCCUGUGGUUUUGGAAGCAAGAAACAGGACUCGCUGUAUCUUAUCCUGCCUUAUUUGUUGCAGACCGCAUUUUGUAUGCAAGGAAACAACAGGCGAAAUAGCCUCCCAGAGAAAGGAAGAAUGAGAUAGUUUCCUAAGUUGUCUUUGCCUGAGUUGGCAGCUGCUCUGUUUCAUUCAGCUUUUUGUUCCCCAGUGAGUGCUGUGCGUGUGUAGCAACAAUGGGGUGAUGCAGUGACACCGCGGGCUCAUGGCGGAGUUCCGUCGGGCCCGUUGGCAGGCGCGCUGAGGGGAUCCAGGCCCCCGGGGAACAGAUCCCAUGGAUCAGCCACUCCAGCAGGGAAUCAAUCCUUGCUCGGCUCCUGCAGCUCUGUGUAAUGCCGGCAGGUCCUCACAGCUUUUUGAAAAUCCCCUUUUUCACUAAACACUCAGUAUUUGUUAAAACAGCAUAAAUCCCACUCCUUUUCACCUUUUCACCUCUUCAAAGUAUUACCUGGUAGAGAUUGCCAGAAAUCCCAAGUCACAAUGAGCAAUGAGUAUCAUGGCAUCUGCCCCUGCAUCGCACUGCUGGUGUGUUGGCUUUGCUCUCUCUUUUCCCAGUUCUGAAAACAUUGUUCUCUCCUGUUUGCAAUGAGAAAUAGCCACAGCAGCAACAGGAAACCAGCAAACUGAGUGGUGAAGCAAACAGUGGAACUGAAUCUAGAAAAGACACUGUUGAAACUGCUGAAAAGACCAAAAAAUUGCAGAGAAAAAUGCCCUAUAUUUCAGAUUUUUAAUGUUAGUUACCUUAUUUAUUGCAUUAUUGCAGUAAUGUGGCAACAGUAAGUGGAGAAGCUCUGGCAUGAAUUAGUUUUUAGAGGGUUUUUUUGUUUGUUUUGUUUUUUGAAUGAGAUGUCCUUGUUAGUCCACAUGAGGCAUCCUCUGGAACAGCAAAUUGCUAUUUUCUGUACUUCCAGUUGGAAAAAGAGACAUAGACACUUACCUGUGAUUGAUGCUCUUUGUUACAGUAGCAAAAACAUACAUUCAAGAGGGAAAAUAGUUCUGUAUUUUAACUGCAUCCAUUAGAGGUGAGAUCACUGGAAAUACAGUAAAGGGAUAAGAUAUUCUCACAGCAGCUUUCCAGGCUCUUGCUUUGGAGAAGGUCAGUGAGGUAAAGGCCAGCGCUCAGCACACAAAGGCCCCACUUUGGGAAGGAAUCCCUGUUUAUGUCAACAAUGAAGCAUGUGCUUUGGAAAGGUCUGAAUUGGGGUUUAAAUGUGAACCAGUGGAGGAAUCCAGCCAGCUUUUGUGUGUAGGAGUACAGAUGACAUGUUCCACACUGGAAUUUAUGUAAAUCCCAGCUCUUUAAUCCAUGUCUGAUUGCUGCUUUCUUAGGUUAUUCAAGCAAUGUGUACAUGACCAAUGAACAGUACUGUUAUUUGGGGUAUCUCCAGCAUCCUUUCCAUUUAUCAAACCAGAUCCUGUACCUGAAAAAAUCUUUUUCUGAUUUUCCUUUUGGAAUUAGUUUUAAGAAACUAGAAGUGAUUGGGAGUCUUAACAUUUGUGAAAUAAUUAAUAUAUAUGUGGAAAACUAACCACCCUUUAACACAAAAUGCCAGAAGGCUUUUUUAGUAUUCCCAGCUUUGGGAUUUUGGGCAGUGCAAAGCAAGAGCCUGUUGGUUGAGUUGAGUUGAGUUGGGUUGAGUGGGAGGCCUUCCCUCAUAGCUUGCCAGUGAACCAUAAAUGUCAGUUUGAAACUGGAAGCUGGAGGCCAGUAUAGGACAUACAUAUACCAUAGAAGUGUUGAAAAGUUCAAGAAAGUGAAUUAUGUGUAAUAUUCUGCAGAAUUUCCCCUAGGGCUUGUGCUUUCUUUCAAGAUUGUCAUGAAUGGAAAUUGAAAUCUUCAAUGAUUAUUGACUUGAAUAAGUAGCUCAUGCCAUAGAGCUGCUGAUUCCUCCUUACAGUUAUUUUCACUGCCAGCAUUUCCAUCACAGCCAUGAAGCUGCCCCUCAUCAGACACAGGAAAGCUUUUCUUUUCCUUCAAAUGCUUUUCAAAUGUGCUAGUAAAAUCACCUAGGGAUGAAAGAGUUUCAGAAUGAAAAAAAAAAAAAAGAAACUCCAAAGUUAAUUGCCUUUUUAGUUCUGUACAUGCUGAAGUAUAAAUAAAGCUAUGGAAUGGAAAGUACCAGAACUAUUUUAAUCAUUAAAACUACUAGACCAUAUAGAAGAAUGGGGAAGUUAAUCCAUGUGACACACACUUUAAAAAGUUUUUUAUAAAAACAACAAAGGCAAACCCUGCAGUAUUCUGAAGGAAUAGCCUAGUCCUUGUAUUGCAAAAUCUGGGGUCAUGCUGCAGUGCAUUAUAGUGUUCUUUCAAGGAAGAUUUGUUGAAAAUAAUGCAGUUCAUGGGUUUUUUCUUUGAUAUGUUCUUAAAACUUAAUUCUCUGUUCUCAGAGCCAUCUAGAACUUGCAAAAUGAAAAUCCACCAAUAAAAUAUGUACACAUGCAGCAAAUCCCCUUGAAACUUGGAGGGGUUAAAAAUGCUGUGUCAUGGGAAGGCCAGGCUGUUUGUCCUGAUGGGUUUUCAGUAGUUUUUUGUAUCGUGUCCCUUAACUUUGGAUUGACAGAAAGUCCCAGCCAUGCCAUCAUCUCUACAAUAAAGCCACCUACUUACCUAAUCACACUGUGACAGCUGGGCUGAUAAGAUACUCUAAAUUAGGGCUUUUUUCCUUUCACCUGCGAGAUUUAACAUCCAAGGAGCUUUAAUAUGCAAAUAGCAACACUUUUUUGGAAAACCAUUUCAUGCUGAAUGUAGUAUGCUGGUAAUUUUUACUGUAAAUUUCUUUGUUUUAAAGAAUUCAGUGGUUUUAAGCUCAAAAAGUGUAGACCAGAGAUAAAAUGCACAAUGGCUUGUGGAUUCCCAAUUGAAACAAAAUCCAUGUGGCAAUUUCAGUCGAGGCCACUUUAUAAUUUUAUGUACAAAAUGAAGACACCAGAAAUGACCCAUUUCUCUGGAGGGUUACCUGGAGAUUUCAGCCUCUUUAUACCUGAAAUGAAUCAUCACACUAUCCAUCAGAAGUUUGUACAGUGAUGGUGUAAAUGACCAUACAUGAGGGUGUUUAGGAACAGACAAAGCUGACUCCAAAUGCUCGAGCCACAUGUUCCGCUUGUCACCACCCUUCCUUCCCCAAGCCUGCCUGCAAGGAAAUUGCCUCAUUAAGCUUUUCAGACUGAAGCUGCUUAAAAAAAAAAAUCUGGCUUGUUUUCAGAAGGACACAGUGCUUUGAAACUGCUUUAAAAGAAGAGCUUCUUAUACCCAAAAAAAGCACAUUACAAGUGUUGUCUGUUACAAGAGUCUCCAAACUGGUGCCCCCACACUUGAAAAUGCCUUGACCCACACAGUGAUUUGUUGUCAUUGCCCUCUUACACACAGGUGAAUGCUUACAAUGGGCCUAAAGCCCUCCCUAGCUGAUUAUGGGGGAUUUUCUUUAUCUGAGGACAGGAUUUUGCAGCCAGCAGCUUCAGGCUGGUAGCCAAGAAAAAUGGGUGUUCAUUACCCACCAGAGCUAAUUGCGCCCAUCGCAAAUGUCAGCGUGGCCAGCGGAACAGAUCCUCUUCACCAGAUGUGGUUUUCCCAGUCCAACUGGGAUGACAAAUCAAUCCUCCACGUAUGAAUAUUUCAAACUCUCCCCAAUAACCAGGUACUGUGUAGAAAAAGAGGUGUGUUGGUCAGGACCCAGCUCCUCGGUGUUGCAGUCACAUCCUGUAGUGGGUUGACCAGUGCCUGUGGAGCGCUGUGGAGGUCAGUGCCCUGUUCUGUUCUUCAGCUCCCCUGCCUGACAGUGGGAAUGGUGAUGCUCAGUCUCACCACCCCAGCCAGAUGCUCUGAGGGCUCUGGUUAAAGCACUGUGCUGUGAAUAUCCUCCUACCAAACCUUGUGUUGUUCUAUUCCCUGAAGACUUCUGAAGACACCCAGCUCUUAGGCAGACUGAAGCCACAGGAAGUGAACAGUAUUAGUGCCUUUUCCAGAAGGAUUCCUUAGGGCUGCCUGUAGAAAAUGCCAUUUCUUGAAGCACCACAUGUCCCCCUGCACAGUGUUGGAUUGAUACUCCCAGUGCCAGCACACUGAAUGUGGUUGGCAUUGUGUUCAUACAGUCACAGCUUGGGUUUUACUUUUAAGUUUCUCCUAUAACUCAGGGUUUGUCAAGGUUUUCUCACUUUUUUUUUUUCUGGUUAAAUAACCACAUUAUUUGGUCUUCCAGUGUAUUAUCAAGAGUGUGGAACAUCCUGUAAGUAUUUUAAUAAUCAUCUUCUUCAUCACUGUGUCUAGUUUAAAUGUGGUAAAUCCUCCACAUUUAUUUCAGUAUUUAUACUUCAUGUUUAUUGUGGGACUCCUGAUGGACAGGCUCCCAUAUUUAUAUUGCUGUACUGUACCCUACUGUUUCCCUGAAUGUUCUGUAGUUUUCAAUGCAGUGGUCUCUGGGAAUUGGUUUUAUGUUCAGAAAAUUAUGGGACAUGGCACUCAGUGCGCUGGUUGUCAAGGUGGUAUUUGCUCAAAGGCUGUCUUAGAUGAUCUCAGAGGUCUUUUCCAACCUAAAUGGUUCUACAAUCAAAGACCAGUAAAAUAUUAAGAUUUAGAGCCUAAUAAAUACAGCAUGAAUAGUGUUUGACCCAGGGAGUUUGUACACAGUGAUACCUCUCAGAAUUCAAAGGUUUGUGUCACAGCAGUUUUUUCUUGGAAACACUUGACUGAUGCUCUUCCAACUUCUGCUAGCUCAGUAAGGAAAAAAUAACCACAUUUAUCUUUACUAAUAGAUAAAUUUCCUUUC